UGUUGAUCCUUUGCGGUUGUGCAGUUCACUGAAAGUCGCGUGCUGGGUCUCGUCUAGACGCCGGGAGGAAGGUCGUAAGCAUGAAGCGUAGUUCGGUUUCCACCGGUGGUGCUGGCCGCCUCUCUAUGCAGGAGUUAAGAUCCCUGGACCUCAAUAAACCAGGCCUCCAUACCCCUCAGACCAAAGAGAGAUCAACCUUUGGAAAGCUGAGUACACACAAACCUACAUCUGAAAGAAAAGUCUCAAUAUUUGGUAAAAGGACUAGCGGACAUGGAUCCAGGAAUAGUCAACUGGGUAUAUUUUCCAGUUCUGAAAAAAUCAAGGACCCGAGACCACUUAAUGACAAAGCGUUCAUUCAGCAGUGUGUUCGACAGCUCUAUGAGUUUCUUACAGAGAAUGGCUAUGUAUACAGUGUGUCCAUGAAGUCUCUUCAAGCUCCGUCUACUAAAGAUUUCCUAAAGAUCUUCGCCUUUCUUUUUGGCUUUCUGUGCCCAUCAUACGAACUUCCUGAUACAAAGUUCGAAGAAGAGGUCCCAAGAAUUUUUAAAGACCUUGGGUAUCCCUUUGCACUGUCCAAGAGUUCCAUGUAUACAGUGGGAGCCCCUCACACCUGGCCUCACAUCGUGGCAGCCUUGGUGUGGCUAAUAGACUGCAUCAAGAUUCAUACUGCCAUGAAAGAAAGCUCACCUUUAUUUGAUGAUGGGCAGCCUUGGGGAGAAGAAACUGAAGAUGGAAUUAUACAUAAUAAGUUGUUUCUGGACUACACCAUAAAGUGCUACGAGAGCUUCAUGUCCGGGGCCGACAGCUUUGAGGAGAUGAACAUGGAGCUGCAGUCGAAGCUGAAGGAUUUGUAUAAGGUAGAUGCGUCCAAGCUGGAAUCAUUAGCAGCAGAAAACAAAGCACUAAAUGAACAGAUUGCAAGACUGGAGCAAGAAAGAGAAAAAGAACCGAAUCGUCUGAUAUCAUUGAAGAAACUGAGAGCUUCCUUACAAGCGGAUGUUCAAAAGUAUAAAGCAUACAUGAGCAAUUUGGAAUCUCAUUCAUCCAUUCUGGACCAGAAAUUGAGUGGCCUUGAUGACGAAAUUAGUAGAGUAGAACUAGAAUGUGAAACAAUAAAGCAAGAGAACACUCGACUCCAGACUGUUGUUGAAAACCAGAAGUACUCAGUUGCUGACAUUGAGAGAAUAAAUCAUGAAAAAAAUGAAUUGCAGCAGACCAUUAAUAAAUUAACCAAAGACCUGGAGGCUGAACAACAACAGAUGUGGAAUGAGGAAUUAAAGUACGCCAGAGGCAAAGAGGCUAUUGAGGCACAGUUAGCGGAGUACCACAAGCUGGCCAGAAAACUGAAGCUCCUCCCCAAAGGUGCUGAGAAUUCCAAAGGCUAUGACUUCGAAAUUAAGUUUAAUCCUGAGGCUGGUGCCAAAUGCCUUGUCAAAUACAGGGCGCAAGUGUAUUUACCUCUCAAGGAACUCUUGAAUGAAAGUGAAGAAGAAAUUAACAGAGCUCUCAAUAAAAAGAUGAGUCUGGAGGAUGCUUUAGAGCAACUGAACACCAUGAAGACAGAAAGCAGGAGAAUUGUGAGGAUGCUGAAGGAGGAGGUGCAGAAGCUGGAUGACCUCUACCAGCAGAAGGUCAAGGAAGCUGAGGCAGAAGAUGAGAAGUGUGCCAGUGAGCUUGAGUCCCUGGAAAAACACAAGCACCUGCUGGAGAGUGCCGUGAACGAGGGCCUCAGCGAAGCCAUGCGUGAGCUGGACUCUGUGCAGCGGGAAUACCAAUUGGCUGUGCAGACCACAACUGAAGAAAGGAGAAAGGUGGGAAAUAACCUGCAGCGUCUUCUAGAGAUGGUUGCUACACACGUGGGAUCUUUGGAGAAACAUCUUGAAGAACAGAUUGGUAAAGCUGACAAGGAGUAUGAGGAAUGCAUGGCUGACGAUCUCCUGGGAAAUAUCAGGGAGGCUGCAGAGAAGUACAAGGAUAAGGCUGCGGUGCUGCUCAAGGCUCCUGGGGAGUGA